AUGCACGGUUCGACUGGAGGGGGGAAUAGCGGCAAGCGAGUGAGAAAACUCCCGCCAAUGAACACUAAAGUCUUUAGCGACCGCAAGGGAAUGACCGGUCUGAUGAGGCCAGAUUCUCCAAUCAUAGGCCUCCACCAGAUCGAUGCUCACCGCUCACUGGCUGAUACAAAUGCUAGUGUUGAAAUUGCCUUGGCUCCCAGCAAGGAUGAGGGCGCGGUUGCAUAA